UGAAACCAAAGACACUAGCUGAAACCGAGCACACCGCCUCCUCUCUCCCGCUGUGUGUAUGUGUUGUUUUGCUUCAACUUGGCUAUACAAGUAACUGUGUAGGUGUAGGGUCUAUGUGAUUUGAAUAAACAACACAAUGGCAAAUGUAAAUAUUAUUAGUCGUGAUAAUCGUGAAGAUACUGAACUAUUGGACCCUGAUCUUGAAUCAGAUAACGGUGGAGAUGAUAUGUAUUCAGUCGGAAUGGAUGGCGACAACAAGAAUGAACGUCAGCUCGAGAAUUAUGAGGAAGAUAUCGUGAAAACGGCUAGCGCCCGGCUACAAUUCCACUCAGAUGAGGAAGCAAGUGCUCAGGAGUGGCUAGACGAGGACACUGACGACACAGACAUGCAGGGUAAUGUUAGCACCGAUGUUGAGGAGGACAUGUUUGAGGAUAUUGCCAAAUAUGGUAUAAUACAAGUUGGAGGUGAUGAUAGAGUGGGUCGCAAGUUGAUUCUGUUUUUCUGCUCCAACUUACCGUCAAAUAAGGAAUAUAAUCAAACACGCCUGUUAGGGUUUCUGCAGUAUACACUAAAUCAAUAUGUGGAGAACGAUUAUACUCUAGUGGUAUUCCAGUAUGGGCUCACACAGAGCAAUAGACCCUCCUUGAAGUGGUUGGUUCAAGCCUACAGAGAAUUGGAGAGAAAGUACAAGAAAAACCUGAAGGCAUUAUACUUUGUACAUCCUUCAUAUAUGCUAAGAAUUUUACUUGGUAUCUUCAAACCCAUCGUAAGUUCUAAGUUCAGACAGAAGAUCAAUUACAUUUACUUCCUCCAUGACCUUGAGGAGAUUCUGCCAAUGAAGUCCAUAGAAAUACCACUCGUUGUCAAAGAGUAUUUGAGGGAACAGUGCAAUGGUGAUCCUAUUCCGAAGGUUGUGCGUCAAUGUGUAAACCACCUGAGACAAAACGCUCUGGAGGUUGAGGGUGUCUUCCGUCGUUGCCCCAAUGCACAAAUAGUGACAGAAGUUCAUCGAAAGUUUAAUGCAGGUGAGGAAGUUGACUUCAACGAGUUGAUGGACGUCCACAUACCAGCACUAAUCCUUAAGACUUUCUUCCGAGAACUUCCUGAACCUAUAAUGACCUUUAAACUCUAUGAUGAUAUUAUCAAAGUGCAUGAUACACCUGAUGAGGAAGUUAGAAUUGAAAUGUGCAGAAAAUUGAUUAGUGAACAGUUACCAGACGCAAACUAUGUUAUUCUGGAUUACCUUAUGAAACUACUAGUUGAGGUAACUAAAAACAGCGACAAAAACAAGAUGUCCGCGCCUAAUGUUGGCGUCGUCUUCGGCCCAAAUCUGGUCUGGUCGAAUGAGGAAACAACAUCGUUGGUUUCGUUGACGUCAAUAAAUGUCUUUACAACAACUCUUCUCUAUCACUACCCAGACAUUUUUACCAGGGAUAUAGAAGAGUAUGUUCCAGAUAAUGCAGUGUUGGUAAAGCAAGACUACAGAGAAACUGAUGCAUAAAGUCCCCUGAGGGGGGCGCAUCUUGGUGCUUUUUAAAUAUACCAUUUCUUAACGAUCCAAGCAUAUUCAUUGGAUUAUUAAUACUACUUGUGUUAAAUAACUAACAAUGGUAUGAAGGCUCCGAAUGGUAGCUCAGAAAUAUCAUAAUUUUUUAUAUUAAAAGGCAAUUAAUGUUAUAGUAUAUUCCUUUUUUCUGUGACCGAAGAAAUGGAAUUCUGAAAAAAAAUUAUGGUUUGUGCAUUCCUUUUACUUGCUUUCACAGUGUUUGCUUUUCAAUAAAGCAAUAACUAAAAAUUUGAAAUCUUUUUUUACUGGAAUACUGGGAUAUUUUUAGAGGUCUGACAAAUUUGCAGGCACUUUAUAGUUUAAUAUGUUAACCCACUCUAUAGGUGUGACCUUGUAUAAAGCUAAUAGAGUAUGUAUAUAUUUAUUUGUUUUAUUUACUUUCUAUGGAAAAACUAAGCCAAGAUUAAAUUCUCCUAAUUCUGUAAUGAACUAUAAGAAAAUGAGUUUUGGGGAAAUUUCUUUGCAUUACAUUAUUAGGAACAAAGGGAUAUAUUUCACUUUAAUCUUUCUACUGAAUAAGUUAGAGGGAUCUAGAAUCUUUGAAGGUAUUUUUUCCAUUUUUUCCCCAAAAAUUAUAAUUUAUAGAAAACAAAAUUAAAACAUCAUUUAGUUUCCAUAUUCAUUAACAUAUUAAUAUCUAAUAAUAUGAAAAUGGUGUCAUAAUUUAUGUCUAUCUCUUUUUAAAACAUCAUUUGAUGUUUUAUAAAUUAGUUAAUUGAUGUUUAGGUUGCUUAGCAACCUUAUAAUCAUGGAUGUAACCUAGAGAGAUUACUGAGCUUCUAAAUAAUGAUUAGAUACAUAUAUAGAAGUAGUGAUGUAUAUGUCGCCCUCUAGAAUUCUAUUUGUAGAAACUCAACCAAAUUCCUAUUUACAGAGGUUAUUCAUAGCAUAUUACAUUUAUUAAUGUACUGUUUGUCAGAAUGUAACUUCUUUAUUGAAACUAAAUUAUUAUAAAAUAUAUUAUCUUAAUAAGUGAGAUAUUAAUCUAUGGAUAUAACAGAUUAUAUUAGACAUAAAUUUUGAUAGUAGAUGUUAAUUAGUUAAAUAUGUUGGUUUGAUUAAUUAAUUUUUAUUUAUAGUUUGUAGUUUUUGAUGCAUCCUUAAAAGCCUUAGUGAUUGUCACAUUUUGACCGUUCUACCUAUUGCAUUCCCACCACCACUUACAGAAGCUUCCUGGUUAAUCAAGAAUUUAAUACUUUUGUUUUUAUUACAAAUAUUUAUUAAUAACACGUAAUAAUUCAGAUAGUAAUAAUAAUGAUGAUAAUAUUACAAUUCAAAUAAUUAUAUGCAGGUAGUUGUAAAUUGUACACUUCAUAGUUAGAUAAGUAUGUAAAGAUAUUAAAAAUGUUUUAAAUGUUGUAUUAUAAACUAUUAUUAAGCCAAUUACUUCAUUCCUUUUUUUAAACAUAUAUUUAUCGUAGUUAUUGAUACCAAUUUCAUAUAUUAAUGAAAAUAAUUAAGUGAAGACGAUAUUUAUGUGCCAGAAAAUUGUUGAGAUCUAUUUUAAGUUUUCAAGCAAAUAAGUUCCUUGGAGUACUGUACAUGAUUUUAUACUUUUAAAGAAAUUAGUAAAUUAUUUGUGAGGCUCAUAAACGUAAAUGUUAUUUGCCACAUUCUACCGAAUUGACCCAGCCUACCUUGAAGUGCACAUGUAUAAUUUUGCACAGUUUUUUUUUUGUGCUGUCGUCUUGAAAUGAAACCAACAUAUUUUGCGUGUUCAAGAAAACCGAGAAUAGUUUGCUAAGUUUACAAAUAGCCUCUUUACGUCAUACUUUGUGAUGUUGAAAACUCAUGAGGGCGCAUUCUUCAGCAUUUUGUUAGUGGGCAUUUUAAGGUGUCACAUGUUGCAUUAUAAACAUAAUUCAAUUGGCAAGAACAAAAUCUUACUAUAAAAAUUUACCCUUCUCUUUGGAUUUGUUGCCAAGGUUUCACAAAACAACAGCCAUUUGUACAGAAACAUGGCUGAGAUGUGUAAAUGUAAACUUGUUUAUUUGCUGGUUGUGGGAUGUGCACUUUUUUACGCCUACAUGUUUCCGAUUGGUCAGUUGUUAAAUCACAGAGUAUGGACAGGAUUCAAUUUGACAACCUUAUAGCAUAUUAAUGAACUUUUUCAAACUAUAGAGGGAGCACUUCAUUUUUUGGGAACCACACAGUCCUCGCAUUCUUUCUCUACAACCUUAGGCUUUCAAACUGUAGAGGGGGUACUUCAUGUUUUGGAAAGAGAUUGGAGUACUGAUAGAUAAUGUUCUCCCUUUCAAAUAGUUAUAAAAUGAGUUAUUCAUAGAUAAGUAAUAUUUACUGCUUUAAAAUCAGAAUUUCAGAGCUGUAAAUAUUUAAUUUGUUUUGCUGGACCAAGGUCUAGUUUUGCUAAAAUAAUUAUUAGCCCUUAUAUAUCAGCUAUUGAAAAUUGGUCUAGUUUUAAUGUAUUUUUUGCCAGCCCAGCCCUAAAAUACUCCAAGUCCCGGACCCAGGCCACCCACCUUUUUACAGCCCUGAAUUUAAUAUAAUGUAUACCAACUUAACCUCUUAGCCCAUUUGGUAGAGCACAAUAAUCAAAGAGGGUCUUGGGUUCAAAUCCUGGUAAGGACAAUACAGUACAUUUUUCUCAAACGUUUCAAGGAUCAAUUGUGUUCACAACAUUCUCAAAGUUUAUGAUUUACACACAAACAAUAUUUGUUGCUUUAUUAAUCUAUUUGUAUGAUUUUAGAUGAAUAAUUAUAAUUGAAGUUUCUUCCAUCGUUUUAAUAUAUUUAAUAUCAUUAAUGCUCCUUUUUUUUUUCAUUAAAAAAACAAAUCGUACUUAAAGACACAGAAAGCUUUUAUAAUCUAAAAUAAACAUUGCACUGUUUAUUAAAUUUAUUAAAAUUUAUUAUAAUAGCAAUAUAAAUUGUUCUGUAAUAUACAAACAGAUAUAUACCUUAAGUUAUAAUUAUUUUUAAUAAUUAAAACAAAUAUUGGUAAAAUGUUAGAAAACUAAUAAAUUGAAUCAUUAUCAUAUUAGUAAUUUUUGGCAUUUACUGUAUAUGACACUUUCCAGAGAACUCAAGCUGCCAUACCAAAAUUGCACACAUAAGCAUAAUAGAAUGGUGGAGUGUGGAAAGAUUCAAAAAAUGAAACCCAAAUAUAGUAAUUACAUUACAGCAUAACUGCCUGUUGUCUGCUCCCAGCAGGUUUAAGUACACAAAUUCUUUAUAAUGUUUUCCCAAUCAGUGAUUCAAAUAUAGAAACUUUGCUUGCACCGUUGGAACAAUAAACUAUUAAAGUGGAGUGGAGAACAAAUUUGGAAUCAGUGACUUCCAUCUUUGUGCCAUACAAAAGUAGACAGCACAUGUCAACCUAUAGUAGCCAUCUAUUAGUAAAUAUAUGACUACUGUAUUUAUAUGAUAUAAUUAUUCGAGGAUCAGUGUUUAAAUAAAUAUUUAGAACAUUGUUCACAAAUUAAUUUUAUGCUUGGUAGUCAUACUUUGGGGGUAAAAUUGCUCGAUUUCAAAUACUAGGGUCCUGUGUUCAGUCCUUUCAAAUGUCAGAUUUUUUGACACUAAGGUAUUAAGGCACAUCACCACUUCUCAAAGACUCACGAUAAAGAGGUUUUGACAUGUGAUCUCAUUUCACAUGGUGGCAUAGUACACAAAACAUUGCAUAGUUUGGUGCAUCCAUGUGUUAGAGAGUUUAAACAGUGCAGGGUGCUAUUGAGUGGCAUACAUGUAAGAAAACUAUUAAAAGACAAUUAAAAGAAGGUACUAUA